GGCAGAAGAAUGGCGAAUGCGCUCAGCUGCGGGCCGGCUUUCAUUUUGCUGUUGUUUGUGUCGGACCUGGUAUCGGGGCAAAUUCACUACUCGAUUCCCGAGGAACUGGAGCAAGGCGCCUUUGUUGGGAAUAUCGUGAGAGAUUUAGGAUUAAACGUUGAAAAAUUGCUGGUCCGCAAGUUCCGACUGGUCUCUGAUGACAGCCGUCAGUAUCUGAAGGUAAAUUUUGAAAAUGGGAUUUUAUUUGUGAAUGAAAGAAUCGACAGAGAAGAGCUGUGUGGACAGAGCCCGAGCUGUUCCCUUUCCUUUGAAGCAGCGGUCGACAAUCCUUUGGAAAUGCAUUCUAUUGAAGUGGAGGUUUUAGAUAUCAAUGAUAAUUCACCCAGAUUUCCGACUGAUACAUUUCCCUUGCAAAUUUUCGAGUCAAUUGCGCUGGGAGGAAGCUUUCCUCUGGAGAGUGCCCAUGAUUCUGAUGUCGGCGUGAACACAAUCAGCACUUACCAGAUCAGUUCUAACGAUUAUUUCGGCCUCAAUGUGCAGACGAGAAGCGACGGUAGUAAAAUUGUGGAGUUAUUGUUAGAGAAGGCUUUGGAUCGCGAACUGGAGUCAGCGUUUCAGCUCACCCUGACAGCCAUUGACGGUGGCAACCCUCAGAGAUCUGGCACAGCUGAGAUUAGUAUUACUGUACUUGACACAAAUGACAACGUACCUGUUUUUGAUCAUGACAUAUACAGAAUAAACAUUCCAGAAAACACGCUGAAGGGAACCUCAGUGACACAAAUUAGCGCUGUCGAUUUAGACGCAGGUACAAACGCUGAGGUAAAAUAUAGCUUUUCCAGGCAUUCCUCCGAAAGGGGGCGCGAGCUUUUCAAGUUGGAGUCGGAAACUGGUAAGAUAAAGGUUUAUGGAGUCCUGGACUAUGAGGAAUCAAUCGUUUAUGAUCUUUAUGUACAAGCCACAGACAACGGUUCUCCUCCAAUGGUGGGACAUGCCAAAGUUGUUGUCAAGGUAACUGAUGUGAACGACAAUACUCCUGAGAUAAAACUGAGUUCCAUAUCACGUGUAGUUCCAGAGAAUGCUGCACCAGGUACGGUGGUUGCAUUGAUAAGUGUAUCGGAUCGAGAUUCUAAUGAAAACGGGCAAGUUCACUGCACGGUUCCUAUGAACAUCCCAUUUAGACUUCAGAAUUCCCCCAACAACCAGUACAAGUUGCUUGUGGGUGAGACAUUGGAUCGAGAGAAAGAAUCCACGUAUAACAUCUCCAUUCUCGCCUGGGACGGAGGAACGCCACCGCUUUCAGCAAACAGAACUAUGUUGGUGUCGGUUUCUGAUGUGAAUGACAACGCUCCAGAGUUCACGCAAUCUUCCUAUAACGUUUACCUGAUGGAGAACAACACUCCCGGGGCCUCCAUAUUUGCAGUGACCGCUUUAGAUCCGGAUGUGGGGCAGAACGGGGACAUCUCCUAUUUUGUUGUGGAGAACCAGAUCCAAGACGUGUCUGCCACCGCUUACAUCAGUGUCAGCUCCAAGAGCGGAAACAUUUACGCGCUGCGCUCCUUUGACUACGAACAACUGAAGCAUUUCCAGAUCAAAGUUCAAGCUCAGGAUGGUGGGUUUCCCCCAUUGAGCAGUUGCCUCGUGAAUGUUAUAAUCCUGGAUCAAAACGACAAUGCGCCAUUUAUUGUUUCACCUGUAACAUGGAACAACUCCACAGCAGUGGAGAUACCACUACGGUCAACAUACCCAGGUUAUUUAGUCACUAAGGUGUUGGGCACUGAUGCAGAUUCUGGUCAGAACGCACGUCUUUCCUAUCAGCUGAUGGACGCCACUGAUCCCAGUCUGUUCAGUGUGGGGCUGCUCACUGGAGAGAUCAGAACACUGCGAAGAUUGUUGGAGGAAGACGCCACCACACAGAGUCUGGUCAUUUUGGUGAAGGACAAUGGGCAGCCCAGCCUGUCCAGCACGGCCACUCUCCUUUUUUCUCUCCUAUCCAAUGUCACUGAUAUUGUGCCUGAACCAAGUGACCGAUCCAACAAUCUGGAAUAUUUUUCGAAACUAAAUCUUUAUGCAGUCGUCGGUUUAGGAUCAACUUCCCUUAUAUUUCUUGUAACUAUAAUUCUGCUGGUUGCCAUCAAGUGUAAGCAAGACAGAAAUAUUACAGAAGGUUACAGCUCCACAGUUUGUUGUUGUUUGGUUCAGGGAUAUUCUAAUGAUAACUUUAAUCGAAGGCCUGCACCACAUCAAGCUGUAAAUUAUUCUGGGGUUGGAGCUGAACCUUACCAUUAUAGCAUUUCCUUAUCCCCAGAGUCAUCCAAGAGCGAAUUUCUAUACCUCAAACCCUACACUGCCACAUUGCCCUACAGUGAUGUCAGUGUCAACAACACAACCGUCAGACACGAAUUUAAACAAUAGUUGGUAAAAAUGAGUGAUGCUUAUUUACUCCUGUUGAACGAGAAUCGCCUACAAAUAUAUGGUC